AUGCGCGCGGCUGCCCCUGCCGCUGCUCGCGCCAUCUCCACCUGGGGCCCGCCCGCCGCGCCGCCCGCGCCGGGCGGUGCCCCACCCCGCACCGCCAGCGCGGCGGCGCCACGGCCGGCGGCAGCGUCCCAGACAAUAGGCUUCAUCGGCGUCGGCAACAUGGGGGGCCCCAUGGCGGCGUCGCUCAUACGUGCGGGCCACCAGAUCAUCGUUGUUGACCGCAACCCAGCAGCUGUGGCGAAGCUGGAGCAGCUGGGGGCGCGGGCGGCCAAGUCAGCGCGGGAGAUCGCUGAAACCCCGGGUGUGUCGGUUGUGCUGACGAUGCUGCCGUCCACGGAGCACGUGCAGGACGCGUUUGAGGGCCCGGACGGCGUGCUGCGCGCGGGCAAGCUGCAGCCGCCGCUGCUCAUCGACUGCAGCACCAUCUCCCCGCUGUAUACCCAAGAGCUGGCGAAGCGCGUCGCACGCCACCGCCUGGCUGCGCAGGCGCCGCGCACCGACAUGCCCUGGCUCGCGCACGCGGCGCCGACGCCGCGCCUGAUCGACGCGCCUGUGUCUGGCGGCGUGCUGGCCGCCAGCAACGCAACGCUCACGUUCAUGGUCGGGGGCCCCACCGAGGCGGUCGCCGCCGCGCGGCCGCUGCUUGAUGCAAUGGGCACCAAUGUGGUGCACCUGGGGGAGGCGGGGCUGGGCCACGCCGCCAAGCUGUGCAACAACGUCUGCCUGGGGAUACAGAUGGCCGGCGUGAGCGAGGCGCUGGCGCUGGGGGCGUCCCUGGGCCUAGACCCGAAGCAGCUGUCUGCUGUCAUGAACGGCAGCAGCGCGCGCUGCUGGUCCCUUGAGUGCUACUCCCCAGUGCCGGGUGUGAUGCCUGACGUGCCGUCCUCAAAGGGCUACGCCGGCGGCUUCAGCGCUCAGCUGAUGCUCAAGGACCUACGCCUGGCCAUGCAGCUGGCCUCCGCCACCAGCAGCCCCGCACCCAUGGCCCAAAACGUGGCCCAGCUCUACCGCACGGUCGUGGAUGCAACCGCGGAGAGCGGCCCGCUGGACUUCAGCAGCAUUUACAAGUUCAUAUACCAGGCCAAGGCGCCCCCUUAG